AUGGGAACUACUACUACAAGAGCUGUUCAGAGUUUUAGAUGUUACAGAUGUGGAGGCCCACAUAUGAUAAGGGAUUGUCCUACAAAGGACUAUGUGUGUUUUAAAUGGCAAGGUGUUGAAGCUGAAAUGUCAUCUAAGCUGGUAAAGGGAAAGGGCAAAGCUGAUGGGAUGGAUUGGCUUUCUGCCAACAGGAUUUUGAUAGAUUGUUCAGAGAAGAGAUUAAUCUUUCCUACUGUUGAACAGGAGAGAUUUAUUUCUAGUGGACAUGUGGAUGGGUUGUUGAAGGGUGGAGCUCUUGGGUUUAUGAUCCUAUCUUUUAUCAAUUUAGAGAAUGAAAAGUUGUUGAAUAGUAUUGAUGUUGUUAGAUAUUUCCCAAAGGUUUUUCAGGAUGAUGUUCUGGGGUUACCACCAAAACGAUAG